GCACAUGCAAUGAGACAUACAUGCAGAAAGGACCAUGCCAAAGACACAUUCAUAGUCUUGUUAUGAAGAACCGUCUCACUUUAUAUUUACUGCCAAUUCUGGCUCUAGCAAGUUUGCCCGUCACGAUAGGUGAGCCAGGUUCUCUCCGUCCGGUGCUGUCUGGCCCUGACAGAGCCUACCUCAACACCAGGGUGGUCUUCCGCUGUUCUGCCCCCGGCUUGUCCUCUCGGGUCGCCUACAAGCUGAUAAGGGAUCGUCGUUUCCAGGUCGCCACAGAAGUCAGCCACAAAGGGGACCAACCUACAGCGUUUCCCCUGAAAGUCACCGCAGCUUCAGGCGGCUCAUAUCAGUGCAGGGCGUUUGCUGGACGAAAAUCGGGACUCAGCAACAGGAUCAAGCUGACUGUAGUCACUCCGCCAUCAAACACAAGAGUGACCUCUGAGCCCUUUCCGCCGGUUGCCUACGAGGGGUCAAGAAUCGUCAUGAGCUGCGACGCUGAGCGAGGUUCCGACCUUAAGUACACCUGGCACCGCAACAGGAAGGAAGUGACCUCAUCGACCGCUGGAUUCGUUAUCGCUGAGAACAAACUUGUGAUGGAGGAGGUGACUCUGGACCAGGAGGGAAGCUAUAGCUGCGUCGCUUGGUCUGUGGUGCGAGACAUCAGUAGGUAUUCAACCAGCGCAGAGGUCAAGGUGACAGUCAAAGUCAAGAUCUCAAAACCGGAAAUUUCCAUCUCCGUUUUCAAAGACGGGGAGAAUUACCAUGGAAAUGUAACCUGCCGGUCCUCAAGAGGAAGUCCGCCUGUGAGCUUCUCUCUGCUACUGGACGACAGGGAGGUGAGGUCUGCCAAAGCUGCAGAGUCCCUCGCCGCCUGGUUCGAUGUUCCUGUUGUGAUCGGGCUGAACAUGGGAGAGGCCCGAUGCCGAGGGAGAACGGAGGUGCAGGACCUGAAGAGCGAGGCCCUCGCUCUGCAAGUAGUCCCGGUCGGGGCGGACGUGAGAGUGGAAGUGGACUAUCUGUACAGCGCCGAGGCCACGCUGACCGCUGCCAGGCUGAGCUGUCGCAUCAGCAGAGGGACGUUCCCGCUCUUCUCCUGGCUCCUCAACGACUCCGUUCUUCUGCCCGAGGAGAUUCAAACUCAGGCUGUCCUGUCCCACCAAAGAAAAGUCCUCUUCCUCCCUCAGCUGAGCGCAGAGGAUUCUGGGUCUUACCGCUGCAGGGCCAGAGACAGCUACGAGGACUCUGGGCCCUGGGCCGAAAGCGCCGCUGUACUUGUCCGAAUCACCGAGGAAAACCGCAACUCGAUGGCUCAAGCAUCACUCUGCAGUGAAACUUCACAAAAGUUUCUUACUGAAGUUAUCACCUUAGUGUUCUGCUGCUUCUUCCUGCUGAUGCUGGCAGUGGCCUCCGCCUGUCUGUUCAAGAUGCUUGACCUCUCCGCAGCUCCUACCAAUGUUUCUGCAGCUAACACAAUGCCAUUUCAUCUCUCUGAGCCGGAGUCUGAGACGGACACUUUGUCCCGUCAUGUCCAGAACCAGACCGCUGAAAUCACAGUAUGAAAACAUCCCAGAAGAUCCUGAUUCAUGCUAAUUAUUAUGUAUUUAUGAAGUAACCAACUUUCUGUUUUCAAUAAUCUGAUAUGUUUUAUAAAAUGUUCUAAGAGUGGGCUAUUCCUGUAUAAAGAGUGAUAAAAUGUGUCGAACCACUACUGUACUUUGUAAUUUUGCAAAUAAAUUCUAAAGACGUAAACA